AUGAUUGUUUGCACUUGGAAUGUUAGGGGUCUGAAUGAUCCUAAUAAAGUGGUGGAGGUUAGGAGAUUGCUGGAAACCAAUAAGAUCAGUGUUAUUGCUCUGUUAGAAACUAGAGUGAGGGAAAAUAAAGCUAGCAAGAUUCAGAAUAAGCUAGGUAGUUGCUGGAAGUGGGAAAUGAACUAUUCCUAUUCUCCUAAGGGUAGAAUCUGGAUUGGGUGGAGGCAUAGUGAGGUUACCUUUACUAUGGGCUUAAAAACUGACCAAGUUAUUCAUGGUGAUUUAGCUGCAAAGGAUGGGAAUUUUACUGCUCAGUUCACUGCUGUGUAUGGCUUGCAUACAAUUGAUCAUAGGAGACCUCUUUGGACCACCUUGACUCAAAUUGGACCAAGGGUGAUAUACCCUUGGUUUGUCAUGGGUGACUUCAAUUCAGUGCUGCAUGCAGGCGAUAGAAUCCAUGGUAGCCAAGUUUCUGAUACAGAAACAAGAGAUUUUGAUGCUUGUAUUGAUGCAACUGGGCUGAUAGAGCUCAAGAGUUGUGGAAAUUUCUUCUCCUGGAACAAUAAAGGGCAAGGUGAUUUGAGAAUUCAUUCCAGAAUUGAUUGGGCCUUUGGGUGUGGAAACUGGCAUACUAGUUAUCCAGAAGUAUGUGUAGACUAUCUGAACCCAGGUUUAUCAGAUCACUCCCCUCUUCUGCUGGAUUGUAAAGUGGUGAGACAGAGGGGAAGUAGACCAUUUAAGUUCUUCAAUUACAUGGCUGAGCACCCUAAGUUCCAUCAGAUUGUGCAAGAAGGGUGGGGAUCUGUUGUAAAUGGAACUCCUAUGUUUCAAGUGUGGCACAAAUUGAAAGUCAUCAAGCAGGGUCUGAAAACUUUGCAUAGGAAAGAAUUUGCUAGGCUGGAGGAGAGAAUUGAUGGUAUUAGGAGGGAGCUGGAUGACACUCAAUCUCAGUUAGCUGCUUCUCCUAGUGAUAUUGACCUUCAACUGACUGAAAAAGAGUGCACUGGUAAGCUUAAAAAGUUUCUGAGUAUUCAUGAAGGAGCUCUCAAACAGAAAUCAAGAAUCCAGUGGUUGAAAACUGGUGAUUCAAAUACAAAGUUCUUCUUCACAGCAGUAAAGGAGAGAUAUGCCAGGAACAGUAUUGAUGUUAUUUAUGAUGCUAAUGGGAGGAAGCUUACCACUGCUGCAGAGAUUAAAGAUGAGAUCAAAGCUUUCUAUCAUGGUCUUAUUGGUUCUGCUGCAGACACUUUGGAGGGUAUUGAUGUUACAGUUGUGAGACAAGGUAAACAACUUUCUGCAGCUUCAGCUCAAUCUUUAGUUCUUCCUGUUUCAACUGCUGAGAUUGAUAUGGCACUGAAAGGGAUUGACAACAAUAAAGCUCCUGGUUUAGAUGGGUUUAACAGUUUCUUUUUCAAAGAAGCUUGGAGCAUCAUUAAAGAUGACAUUUAUGUGGCUGUUCAGGAUUUCUUCUCCACAGGGAAACUUCUGAAACAAACAAACAACACUGCUGUUACUUGA